AUGCGCGUCCAGUCCUUCCUUGGUUACACCGUCGGCGCGGCUGCUUUGCUGCAGCUCGCCAUGGCUGCUCCUGAGCCGGUUGCACUCGAAGAGCCCGUGGUCCUGGCUACUGCACAGUUCCCCGAAGACAAUGCUUUCGGACACGUCGUGAACGGCGAACGGAAUAAGUUGUUGUUGAACGUGGAGAACCAGUCAGACCUCAACAUCACCAUCAAGAGCGUCGGUGGCUCCUUCCACUACGCAGACUCGAACAAACUCAUCAAGAACGCCUCAGCGUUGGCAUACGAUGUCCUGCUGCUCGAGGGUGCCAAGAUGCAACUCCCCUAUACUUUCUAUAGCGAGUUCAAGCCAGGAGAUCUCAGGCUGAACCUCUGGUUGGAUCACGAAGCCGACGGUCACAAGUAUCGUGUGACUGCCUAUGACUCUAUAGUCACCAUCGUCGAGCCCGAGUCGGCAUUGCUCGACUUUAAGAUGCUCUCGACUUACCUGGUUGUCUCCCUCCUACUCGGCGGCCUCGGCUACUACGCCUACCUUUCGUUCGUUCCCCAGCCCAAGAAGAAGCGGGCGCCCGCAGUCAGCGCGCCCGUCGGCACUGUCACCGCAACAGGCGCAGGUGGCUACCAGGAGGAGUGGAUCCCCGAGCACCACCUUAAAAAGACAAAGGCAAGGAAGACGCGGUCCUCGGGCGUGGUGAACAGUGGGGACGAGACGAGCGGCACGGAGUUCAGCGGCACGGAGGGCAGGAAGCGGAAGGGGAAGAAGUAG